AUGACCAAAACGUGCGACCAGAGUCUUGAAAUAAAAGAUCAGACCUCAAAUCAUCUGAAACCAAAUCCGAUUGUCAACCCAUUAGAACCUGGAACUCAGCCAGAAGACAACCAUUUUGUGCAGAAUCUGCAUGUUCGCUUUGAGGUGCAAAGUCCUUCACCACAGAGAUGCCCUUCUAUCCAACUUGAAUACCACCACCUUGAGAUCGAUAUCGUAACAACCCUAGCUGAGUUAUCACAACCCCAACCUCAGCUACAACCUGCCUCUGAAGCUGUUGCAGCAAACCCGAUAGAUCAAUUACUACAAAGUAUAAAUAAUCUUAUACUUGUCAUAGGAAAUAAUGCAAACCAGCUCCAAAAAGCCAAAGUAGUCAAGUGCCUAACCUUUAGUAGUAGUAAUCAAGACCCUCUUAUAUGGGCCGGUGUAUACUUGGUAAAGAAACGUUGCAUAUACAGUGCGAACAUAGCAGGAUUAAUUACAGCCUCGGAACUCCUUUAUAUAUUUAUUCAAAUGACAAUUCUGUAUUACCUACCAACAAAACCGUUAGUUUGCAGAACUAAGGUUCUGACAACAAGAGCUGGAGAAACUGUUGAUGAUUAUUAUAAUGAACUGAAAAGGAUAUAUUGGAAAGCAGAUUUAAUGGAAAAAUACUCUCAAAUUGACCGAAUCUGUCAGUUCAUAGACGGAUUAAGACAAAAAUUGAGCUACCUAAAACGUGAAGGCUCUAAUAAUGAAGAAAUAAGUGAAUUAAAGAAAGUUAUAUCUAAAAUAGAACAGAACAUGAAAGCAUUGAUUCAAAAUUAA